AUGCCACGUAACAACUCUCAAGUUUCUUUAGCUCUUUCCUCUCUGACAGCACGGACCACAAACCAAGAAGACCUUGAUGAAUACAUCUUGUCUCAUCUUCCAGAUGAGUACCAUGAAGCAAUAAAUGGAAUGUUCAAGAGAUACUUAUCCAACGCAUUGAGCAAACUCGAAGAUGAUCGACUCAUGUUUUUUUCCGUUGGAUCAAAACCCGUUUUGACUGGAAUGUAUCAAACGGCUCGUCAAAACUUGAUCCAAAGUGUACGAUCGUACAUCCAUGGAGAAGUUGAUACUAUCUUCACACCUGAGUCUCACACAUCUUGUGAUGUUUUGGAUCCAAUGACAGGAUGUGGAAAAAUCGAAUAUGUUAUCAAUGACUUAACUACGAAACUUGGGAGCAUGUUAUUAGCCAUCUCGCCAUUAUCGGGAAGUAUGCAAUAUCAACCCGAAGCCGUCAAUGCCAAUCAAUCUAGGAUGUCAUAUGCUGAUAGAUACAAGAAUGGGUUACAACUUUUCAAAUCUUUUUCAGACACCUAUCAUACACUCAAGAUGGCUUCUAGAUCAUUACAUAUCACUCCUGAAAAUGUCCUAUCAAGCAAACAAGAUAUCAUCAAUCCCACUACUUUGUCGAAGGAACAUAUGUGUACGGAAUCUCUUAACAAACUUACCACUUACUUAGAAGGUGAUAUAAAUGGUCAUUCACCACGAGAGAUAUUAUUCGCGGCUCAUAACGGAGUCAUGGUUAAGAGUGGAACAUUGGGUGUGAAUCAAUUUCAAGGGUCAUGUCCAACAUUGGAUGCUAUGGGAAUUGAUGUUUUGGGAAAACAACUGAGAGCUGUUCAAGUAGCUACAAGUAGGUUGGAACUCUCCAUUUGGACAGCAGGGUUCUCCACUGAGGAUAUGAUCAAGAAUACGGAUGGGAUACCAGAGGUAUUGAGCAUAAGGAGAAAGGGGAAAGAUCUCUUGAACAAUCUAGCACUUGCGCAUUCUUGA